AAACAACAACAAAUAAAAUAACAUGGAUAAGGUAAAUGAACUCAAGGAAAAGGGCAACAAAGCUCUAAAUGCUGAAAAAUUCGAUGAAGCAAUUGCCGCCUAUACAGAAGCCAUAACAUUAGAUGAGAAAAAUCAUGUUUUAUACAGUAAUCGAUCUGCGGCAUAUGCAAAGGCCGGUAAAUAUGCCGAAGCAUUGGAAGAUGCCGAAAAGACUAUACAAUUGAAUCCAACAUGGGCCAAAGGCUAUUCGCGUAAGGGUGCCGCAGCAGCUGGUCUGGGUGAUUAUAUGAAGGCAUUCGAGGCCUAUAAUGAAGGUCUCAAACAUGAUCCACAAAAUGCCGUACUCCUGCAAGGACGUCAAGAAAUUACCGCAGCGGUAUUACAAACUAUGCAAGGUAUGAACACACCCAUGGAUGUUGAUCCACCAUCUUCCAAUACCAACACAUCUACCUCUACAAGCUCUUCGAGGCCAUCUGCCGAAUCAUCUAAACCAGCCGAAAAACCCAAACCAGCUGAACCCAAUCCCGAUGAAAUGACCGAAGAGGAACGUAAAAAAUAUUUUGCCAAAAAAGAAAAGGAAGCCGGUAAUGCUGCAUACAAGAAGAAGGAAUUUGACGAGGCCCUUAAACAUUAUAAUGCCGCUCUGGAAUUGGAUCCCACAGAUAUAACAUUCUACAACAAUAUUGCUGCAGUCUAUUUCGAACGUAAAGAAUACGAGGAGUGUAUUAAGACAUGUGAAAAGGGCAUAGAGAUUGGUCGUGAAAAUCGUGCUGACUUCAAAUUGAUUGGCAAGGCAUUCGCACGUAUCGGUAAUUCAUAUCGCAAAUUGGAGGACUAUCACAAGGCCAAGACAUAUUACGAAAAGGCAAUGUCUGAACAUCGUACUCCUGAAGUUAAAACUUCGUUGAGCGAAGUGGAGAGUAAAAUCAAGGAUAUGGAACGUAAGGCAUAUAUUGACCCCGCCAAGGCGGAAGAAGAAAAGGAAAAGGGUAAUGAGCUGUUUAAGAAGGGCGACUACAGCACUGCCAUUAAACAUUAUUCCGAAGCAAUUCGUCGCAAUCCCGACGAUCCAAAGUUAUACAGCAACCGUGCAGCAUGCUACACAAAAUUGGCUGCAUUCGAUUUGGGCUUAAAAGACUGUGAAACAUGUAUCAAAUUGGAUGACAAAUUCAUUAAGGCCUACAUUCGUAAGGGUAAAAUUUUGCAGGGUAUGCAAAAGUCGUCGAAGGCAUCGGCUGCAUACCAGAAGGCCCUUGAGCUAGAUCCAAAUAAUGCUGAAGCUUUAGAAGGUUAUCGUUCCUGUGCAUUGAAUCUGCAGCGUAAUCCCCAGGAGGUGCUGAAGAAUGCCAUGAACGAUCCGGAAGUUCAACAGAUUUUGAAAGAUCCAGCUAUGCGUUUGAUUUUGGAACAAAUGCAAAAUGAUCCAAAUGCUGUUAAAGAGCACUUACAAAAUCCAGCGAUAGCCGAUAAAAUCAUGAAACUCAUGGAAUCUGGAAUUAUACAAAUCCAUUAGAAUUUAAAGAAAAUAAAACAAACAAAAAAAUACUAAUGCUCCAAAC